CGUGGUCCAGGCGCGUUCCCAGCAGUUGUUCGCAUCUCGGUCGGUCUCUGGCUAGGUCGCCAUCCAGGUGGGUGUGAGUCCCCGAGCGCGGACACGUGACCGGUGAGAGCCAAUCGCGUGAGCGCGCAGGUGAAGGCCGUGCCGCGAGAGGCCGAGAGGGGGAGCCAGUCCCAGGAUGAGACACACAGCGCGGCUCCCCGGCUCCCCCCCUCCGGCAGGUGACAUGGUCUGAUCCGAGAGCAGCAGCUUCUAACACAGGAGGACAGGUAUGGCUGCUGAGGGCCCUGGCAGAACCGGAACCAGAACCAAACCCAGAACCAGGGACCCUGGCAGAACCAGAACUCAGAACCAGAACCAAACCCAGAACCAGGGACCCUGGCAGAACCAGGGACCCUGGCAGAACCAGAACUAAACCCAGAACCAGAGCCCCUGGCAGAACCAGAACUCAGAACCAAACCCAGAACCAGGGACCCUGGCAGAACCAGAACCAAACCCAGAACCAGGGACCCUGGCAGAACCAGAACUCAGAACCAGAACUAAACCCAGAACCAGGGACCCUGGCAGAACCAGAACUCAGAACCAGAACCAAACCCAGAACCAGAGCCCCUGGCAGAACCAGAACUCAGAGCCAAACCCAGAACCAGAGCCCCUGGCAGAACCAGAACUCAACCCAGAAACAGGGCCCCUGUCAGAACCAGAACUCAACCCAGAAACAGGGCCCCUGUCAGAACCAGAACUCAACCCAGAACCAGAGCCCCUGUCAGAACCAGAACUCAACCCAGAACCAGAGCCCCUGUCAGAACCAGAACUCAACCCAGAACCAGAGCCCCUGUCAGAACCUGAACCAGAACUCAACCCAGAGUCAUAGCCAGUGCUAGAAUCUCAGCCACUGACAGAUCCAGUACAAAACCCAGAACCAUGGCCCCGGGACACAGCUAGAACCCGAGUCAUUGCCCCGGGACACAGCUAGAACCCGAGUCAUUGCCCCGGGACACAGCUAGAACCCGAGUCAUUGCCCCGGGACACAGCUAGAACCCGAGUCAUUGUCCCGGGACACAGCUAGAACCCGAGUCAUUGCCCCGGGACACAGCUAGAACCCGAGUCAUUGCCCCGGGACACAGCUAGAACCCGAGUCAUUGCCCCGGGACACAGCUAGAACCCGAGUCAUUGCCCCGGGACACAGCUAGAACCCGAGUCAUUGUCCCGGGACACAGCUAGAACCCGAGUCAUUGUCCCGGGACACAGCUAGAACCCGAGUCAUUGCCCCGGGACACAGCUAGAACCCGAGUCAUUGCCCCGGGACACAGCUAGAACCCGAGUCAUUGCCCCGGGACUCAGCUAGAACCCGAGUCAUUGCCCCGGGACACAUAAGGGGGCAGGCAUCCCCAGCCAUGGACAGAAUCACAAGCCAUAGCCAGAGGGUAAAGAAGGGCAGGGCGUGAUAAUAAGGCAUGUUUGACUAUGGUUACCCAGCCACAGAGCUAUACCAAGACAAUGAGCAAGGCUGAAAGUGACAUGAACAUAUAGGGCUUCUCUAACAUUCCCAAAAUAUAACUAAUAAUCACAGGAUAUUGCAGGGUAGGUAUCCCCGGCCAUUAAUUUAUCACUACAUUAUAAAGGCAGGUAGGUAUACCCAUUUAUAGUCGUGGUGUAAAAUAAGGCAGGUAUCCCCAGCCAUUUAUAGCCACGGUAUAUGGCAGGAUGCUUAACCCCAGCCAUUUAUCUAUAGUUACGGUAUAAAGCACAGCAGAUAUCCCCAGACCUAUAUCUUGGGGAUCGACCAAUAUCAUUUUUUGUAGAGCCGAUAUUGAUUAUCAGUUGCAUUUUGUGCCGAUUGGCAGUAACUGGUAGCAAUAUUCUGUAUAUUUGGGAAAGCAUUGGAUUGACUGAAAUCAUCAGUCAGUGGUAAGUAUAUUAUGGCAAUAUCGGUAACUAUGGAGGCCUAUUACGAUUAUUAUAAAAAUGCCGAAUAUCGGCUCUAAUAAUCGGCCAAGUCGAUUGAUCCCUAAUUUAUCUAUAGGUGUGGUUAACAGCAGGCCACUGAUUUUAGGCUUUUUUUGAGCAGAAAGAUGUUUUGCCACACUUAAUCUUCAAGCAUGAAAUUAUUUUCUUAUAAAGAAUUUUGUUAUAUAAAAUAUUUAUUUUGCACAAUGCUUAUAUUUGAAUUUCAAAUGUAUUACGAUGUUGCAUUUAAAAACAGUAGGAAUUCUUCAAACAGCUGAAAUGUUUUCUGAAUUCUAUCUGACUAUCUCUGAAAUGUCAGUUGAAUUGAGUUAUAAAUCGCAAACCACAAGUGAUGAAACAUCCCUUUCCGUGGACAUCCUGUAUGUUCUUAUUUUCACACUUCACAAUCAACUUUAAAGGCUACAAUACAGUGAAGUUACUUAUAUAUUGGGCAUAUGUUUAUACCAUCCACAGUUUCUAUUUUACUUUGUGAUCAAACUGUAACUAAACCAUUUUAUCCUGUCUGCGUGGACUGACCAUCGUGUAUAUAUUUCAAUGUAUAUACAUGCAAACAUGCAUACUUUUUAUUCUUUGUAAGUGGGCACUACCUCAGUCGUAAUUAUUUAUUUAUUUAUCAUUGCAAAGAUGGUCAAAGACGGACUUUGGAGCCUGAUGAUUAGCAAAAGAAGUAUUCAUUUAAAAUCCCUGUCUCUUCUUGCUCGGUCCCAUUAUCUGUCACUCUGGCUUAUACUGGAGCAAAAUUAUAGGUUAAAUAUUUUGUAAAUAGAAUAGGGACUAGCCAACAUGUAAUUCGUCAGCUUUUGUUCACAUACAACAUGCGAUGCUCAGGCAGCCACACAUCUUUUUCCGAUGAUUGCUGAGCAUCAUGAGACUGAGAAUUUAUCCUCUGCUGGAAUUCUAUAUCCCUUAAUGCCUGGUUAUUAGCCAUAUAAUUAAGCUAUGUUGCUUUGUAAAUCCGCUUACAUCUGGUAUUUCAAAACCACAAAUAGUUUAGACUUAAGACUUCAGUAAAUGGUCAAACACCAGUUAAACAAGUGAAAUCAGCUGAUUUUCAGCAAUCCAGUGCUGGCUGUAUAUUUAGUCAGUACACCCGUGUUUGUAUUUACUCACAGCAAGUCUGCUCAAGGAGAUGAAAGCAUCCUCUACAAUACAGUGAGGUGUGUCAGCAUCAUGACUCAUUCAAUGCUGGAAAUGUCAUUCUAUAAUUUUGUGAUUCUCAUGCAAGCCUAGUUUGCUCAUAUCCUAUUCAGAAAUAUCUGCUCCCGCCUGUCUUUGAUAAUGUGCAUUACUCUUAUGAGACUGUAGUGAUUGCAUCUAGUACACGAUACAAAAUGUUCAGUUCCACUUUGAACAAAAAACAAAACAUGAUUUGUCAGUACAGUGUAAUGUUUAAAGGGGCACUCUCAGCAGUAUUACCACCACAGCUUCACCUUCAGCCACUUACCACUGUGGUUGAAACUGAAUUACGGCUGGCGUACAAUAGAAAAUAUGGUUCUCCAGAGAGAGGGUGUGUGCGUGUUAUAUAUUAAACUUGUGUAUUGUGACAAACAUGCUUUUCCACGGAUGUUUGCCACAAACUCCUGGAGGAGUGUGAAAGCUGGCCUCCUGCCCACCAAAUAUGGUCCAAAUCUGAGACCCCGUUCUGGAGUUACCCUGCCUAGUCCCCAUUAGCAGCUUUCCCUCUGUGCCACUGGUUCGGCACUUUCCCUCCUCACAAAUGGAACCGAAUGCUUGCUCCCUGCAGCAUUAACAAAUCCACGAAUAGUCCUCAGUGGUACUUAGCCGCGACCACUAUGGAAAUAAUUUUGGCAUAAUUACUUUUUGGGGUGAAGGUGCCUGAGACUAAGGGGAACAAAUGCUCCCUGAGAGCCAGGAAGAGCAUCCCAUAUUUCGGGCACAGGUGCUCCCGAAAGUUGACCGUCAAAAGCACAAAAUGCUCUGAAACUAUUUUGAGCUAGGACCACGUGUACAGUCGGUCUGAACUUUGCACUGGUGGCGUUUCCACUACACUGCAUGGAUCUGUGCUAUUUGGACAACUUGGGCGCUCAGAUCAGGGCUGUUUGGAGAUGUAGGACAUGUGGGGUUAUUAUGUUUUGGGGUACAUUUAUGUUUUUGUGUUGGGGUCUAUUUAGUUUACCAGUCUUUAACUCAAUUAUUUACCAGGCCCAAAGAUUUCUGGGAAGUGGCUUGUAUUGUAUUUUUUGGAGACCCCUUGCUGGGGUAUGUGCCAAGUUUGGCUUAUAGAAAAUCAGUUGUCCUCCCAGUCGUCUAAUUACUGGGAGGGGAAAGGGCUAUUCACUACUACACUACAUAUACACACAUAUAUAAAUAUAUAUAUAUUACACAAGAUCAGCGCACUAUAUAUAUACACACAGUUGCAAGAAAAAGUAUGUGAACCCUUUGGAAUGAUAUGGAUUUCUGCACAAAUUAGUCAUAAAAUGUGAUCUGAUCAUCAUCCAAGUCACAACAAUAGACAAUCACAUCCCAAGAAUAUUGCUGAACUGAAACAGUUCUGUAAAGAGGAAUGGUCAAGAAUAACUCCUGACCGUUGUGCACGUCUGAUCUGCAACUACAGGAAAUGUUUGGUUGAAAUUAUUGCUGCCAAAGGAGGUUUAACCAGUUAUUAAAUCCAAGGGUUCACAUACUUUUUCCACCUGCACUGUGAAUGUUUACAUGGUGUGUUCAAUAAAAACAUGGCAACAUUUCAUUCUUUGUGUGUUAUUAGUUUAAGCAGACUGUGAUUGUCUAUUGUUGUGACUUAGAUGAUGAUCAGAUCACAUUUUAUGACCAAUUUGUGCAGAAAUCCAUAUCAUUCCACAGGGUUCACAUACUUUUUCUUGUAACUGUGUGUAUGUAUAUAUAUAUUUAUGUAUUUUAUCCAUAGCUUCCACAUACGUUUCAUGUAGCCUGAUGAGUGUCAAGGCCACAGUCCUAGAUAAAGCCGGCAGUCAGCACCGUAUCAAUAGAAGCUGGAGUCUACCACACCAGACAAGACCCAAGGUGCAAAGAGGCGUCUGAGAUAGUCCAGCACCUAGUAGCCGGAUGCAAGAUGUUAGCAGGAACAGCAUACACGGGGAGACACAACCAAGUUGCUGGGAUUAUGUACCGAAACAUCUGCACAGAAUAAGGAUUGGACCUGCCUAGAUCCAGAUGGGAGAUACCACAAAGGGUAGUCGAGAAUGACAGGGCCAAGAUCCUGUGGGACUUCAAGAUCAAGACAGACAAGUAAGUGCUGGCCAACCAACCAGACAUCGUGGUGGUAGACAAGGAACGAAAGACUGCAUUCGUGGUGGAUGUGGCAAUACCCAGUGACUAUAACAUCAGGAAGAAGGAACAUGAGAAGGUGGACAAAUACCAAGGACUGAAAGAAGAACUAGAAAGGAUGUGGAAAGUGAAGGCAGUAGUAGUCCCAGUUGUGAUAUUAGCACUCGGAGCUGUGACUGCCAAGUUGAGGGAGUGGCUUCCACAGAUGUCAUCUGAGAUCGCUGUCCAGAAGAGUGCAGUUCUAGGAACAGCUAAGAUACUACACAGAACCCUCAAACUCCCAGGCCUCUGGGAGAAUGAGGAAUAAACAUACCACCGAGUAGGGGUGAGAAAAUCAAUAAUAAUAAUUUUUAAAAAAUGUAUAUGUGUGUGUGUGUGUGUGUGUGUGUUUAUGUAUGUAUGUAUGUAUGUAUGUAUGUGUAUAUAUAUAUAUAUAUAUAUAUAUAUAUAUAUAUAUAUGUGUGUGUGUGUGUGUGUAUGUAUUAAGGACGUUUGGCCUGUAAUUGUGGGAGGGGCUUAUUACUUUACUUACCUAUUUAAGGAACACCCCUUACCUGGCUCCAUACCGUUUGAGGUCAGCAUUUGAAUGAUCCUCCCACCACUCCACAUUCUCAACACUUUUUCCUUUCUUUUCUUACUCCUUGGUGGGCCCUCUUUUAUUUACAGGCCUACCGUAUCGUCAGUUCUGGCACACCACAACCGACUUGUUCUUUUAUACUAUACUACGCUUAUACUGGAUCGUUACUCCUUAUACGGCUAUGUGCCCCUAACACAAAUAAAAAAUAUAUAUGUGUAUAUAUAUAUAUAUAUAUACACACACACACACACUCAUGUUUCCCCCUAGUGUGCUUUAAAAAGAUACAAACUGCCUGGCCUUUAGAAAAUGGAGACUAGAUAAAUGCUUACAAUUAACAUGUUCAAAGAUACAGGAAGUACAAGUGUUUCGAAUUAGGUUUUGUUUUGUAUAUAGCUUGUGGGUUUGUUUGUAUUUUCCUCUUUUUGUUUUCUUGCUGACAUUUGUUUGUCUUUUUGACAGUUGUUUCCUACUCAAUGGCAGAAGACAAUGAGACCUCAGUAGGAAGUUCACCCGUGUCCUCCCCUGUGGAUGAAAAUUCUGCUGAUCCCCAUCAAGGCUAUAUCUGCACUUUGACCCCUGAACUUAUCCUAAAAGCCAGAGAAGAACUGCAAGAAAAGCCUGAAUGGAGGCUACGUGAUGUGCAGGCUCUGCGGGACAUGAUAUGGAAGGAUUACCCCUACCUGAAGACCCGUGUCGAUGACUCUUUCCUACUCCGGUUCCUGAGAGCAAGGAAAUUUGAUUAUGACCGUGCUUUACAGCUCCUGGUGAACUAUUACAGCUGCCGGAAAAACUGGCCCGAGGUCUUCAAUGAUCUAAGACCCUCUGCUAUAAAGCCCGUGUUGGACUCUGGAUUUAUUACAGUCCUACCUCACACAGAUCACAUGGGCCGUCGGAUUGUUUGUAUUCGGCCUGGUAUGUCACUUUUUAUCUCUCUUCUUUUACAAUCCAAAUAUCAACCAUGUGUAACCCAGCUUUAUCAGAUUGAGCAAUCAGUGGCUAAAAUUUAACACUAGCUAUUGAAUUGCAUUUUGACCAAAACUGAAGUAAAUUUUUAUUUUUAUUUUUUUUAAAACCAUAUACAAAUUCAGAUUUUUUUAUUUAUUUUUUUAGAUUUCUCCCUCUAAAGUUCCGAAAAAGAAUAGUGGUGCAGCAAAAGGUUUUCUAAUUAAUAUAUACACUGAUCAGCCACAACCAGGGCCGCCACCAAAAAUUUUGGGGCCCCUAACUGAGCUCAGGGUCUGGGCCCCUGGGGGCCCACCUCCAAGUCCCGCCCACAGGAAUACACACACACACACACAUACACAAACACAUUCACUGAUACAAAAGGACACAGAUACACACACACACACACACACACACACACACACACACUGAUACAUACUAACAGACACACAUAUAGGCAUACAUACUGACACACACAUACUGAGACAUACACACAUAUACAGACACACAGGAGUACAUAGUGACAGACACAUAUUAACAUACAUACAGACACACAUGCAUAAGGACAUACAGACCUAAUGACAGACAGACAUACAUUCAUACUGGCAUACAGACACUGACAUCUAUAUACACAUACAUACAUUCAUACAGACACUGACAUCCAGAUAGACAGGCAUACAGAAAUGCAUACAGACAGACAUACAUAAACAGACAGACAUGCAUACAGCCACAGACAUGCAUACAGACAGACAUGCAUACAGACAGACAUGCAUACAGACAGGCAGCCAGACAUAGACAGGCAGCCAGACAUAGACAGGCAGCCAGACAUAGACAGCCAGACAUGCAUGCAUACAGACAUGCAUUAGGUCCUCCCAUUGGAGGUGGCGGAGCUCUGACCCACCACAGAGGGAGAUCGGCGCAGGAAUUGGAGGUGUAAACAAAGGUGUUUAUUUUUCAACCUUUUAUGUCACGUGGGUGUUGGGAUGGGUCACGAGGGAGGGGCUACCAGAGGGAACUAUAUUGUAAGAAAUACAGAUAUGUAUUCCUUACACUAUAGAAUCCCUUUUACCCAAUGCACUCAACCUCUGACCUAUUGAUUUGUCAUGCACGGUUCAACAUCAUAAACCCAUAGAUGCAACCACUUUAAAGAUGUCCUACUCCAGCCCUCUGAGACUGUCACCCCAUGACAGCACCACAACAGAACAAUACACAGGCCUAUUCUUUACUGUGUCCCAGAAUUUGACGAUCCAAUGCAAAGCUAAUGGUUGAUGUCAGAAAUCCAGCUAGGUUAGACUAAGAAAGGCCUGUACCCAAAAGGGGCAUUUUUUUCAAAAUAUUGACAUGAUUAAUUGCUCAUCCUCCAAGCAUCAUCUCCAGCCAUUAAUAAGAGAGGUCAGGGGAGUAGGAUAUUGUAGGGCUGAUCACGACAAACACAAUAAUUUUCUCCAACACAUGUUUAUUAGCCCAGGUAGAUGUUCUUUAUGGUGUGUUGUAGGGAUCGACCGAUAUUGAUUUUAACAGCCGAUACCAAUAAUCUGUGAACUUUCAGGCUGAUAGCCGAUAGCUUACCGAUAUUCUGUACAUUUACCGUAUUUUACAUAUUUUGCAAAUAUUUUGUUUUGUUUUGUUUUUUAAAGUGGUAAAUGCACAAAAUAUACAUGACAGAUUUAUUUUAUGUUUUCAAGAAUAUUUGUGUGCGCGUGUAGUGGAUGCAGUGAGAGUAUUGGAUUAGUAAAUGCAGUGUUUGUGCGCGUGUAGUGGAUGUAAUGUUUGUUUGUGUAGUGGAUCCAGUGUGUGUGUGUUUGGGUAGUGGAUUCAGUGUUUGUAAAUAUGUGCGGAAGGAACUUCCACCACCCCUUACCUGUCUCUUAGUGCCCCCCAUUCCCCUUAUUGUUCCUCUCCCUUCUCUUUUAGUGGUUCCCCCCACUACCCCAGUGUUCCUUUUCCCUUCCCUCCCUGUACCUUAGUGUCCUCCCUUAAUGUUCCUCUCUCCCCCCUAGUGUUCCCCCCCCUUCCCUGUCCCAUAGUGUUCUUCACCCCCCUUCCCUGUCCCAUAGUGUUCUUCACCCCCCUUCCCUGUCCCAUAGUGUAUUUCCCCCUCCCCCAUCCCAUAAUGUUCCUUAACAUCCCUCCCACCCCAUAGUGAUCCUUAACAUCUCUCCCACCCCAUAGUGUUCCUACCACCCCCACCCCAUAGUGUUCCUACCACCCCCACCUUCUGUCCCAUAGUGUUCCCUACCAGCCCCACCCUCUGUCCCAUAGUGAUUCAUACCAAAGGCCUCCGUCCCAUAGUGUGUGUCCACGUCCCUUCAGUCUCCUGUACCCGGCCUGACUGACAGGAAGUGCUCUCUCAGUGAACUCUUCCUCUCAGUCCGGCUGGGUACAGGAAACACAAGUUCCUGUACCGCAGUGCGCACCGCUCAGACACGCUACACAGAGUGCCUGGCAGGAGGUAGUGAUGUGCGCCUACCUCCUGCCGGUCACUCCGAUCUAGUACCCCCUGGACUGCCGCUUGUGUCGUCUUAUGGACGCACCGGCCUACCCAUUCAUUAUCAGUAUUGCCGGUGAUUAUCGGACGAUACUUACAAAAAAUCUAAAUAUCAGCAGAUAAUAUCGGCAAAACCGAUAAUCGGUCAAUCCCUAGUGUGUUGGCUUCAUAUCUAGAGCAGCACAUUGUAUCUGCUGACCCCUAAGAAGUUAAAGGAACACUCCAAGCACCGUAACCGCUACAGCACGAUCAGGUGACACUCUCUGCAAAUAAACUAGACCUAUACUGCAGAGGAACUAACUGAAGUUCAUGGUCAGGAUCUUCGGCUCUCUGGCACUAGUAGUGGAGGCGGGGAACGGUGCUGGACAAACACCAGGUAAGCAGUCAAACUGUUUAAAAAAAGUUUAACUACUUACAGACGGUGCCGGCUCCAUAGCCACUACAGCACACUGUAGUAGUUAUGGUGCUUAAAGUGGCCCUUUGAUGACAGAUGCCACACUUCUGGUGUAAUGCUUAAGGGGCUUGGAGUGUUCCUUUAUAUUAUUUUGAACAAAAUAUUUUUUGUAAAAUGGCAAACGGAGAUAUGCGAUUUAUAGACACAACAUAGCAACUUAUUUCCUGUUCUGGUUAAUGGGUGCAAACAUGUUUAUUAAUGUUCUUCUUUUCCUACUGUUUAUGCAAAAUGUCCUUAACCCAUGAUUCUCCCAGACAAGUUCUGCGAACACUGGAAGAUGAGGCCAUGUUUAAGGCCUCUUUAAAGAUCAUACGUUUGCUCAGUUGGAUGAGUCAACAUUGACUUUAUUAGUGAAUCAUUAUGGGACUCCUCUUCAUCCCGUAAGCUCAAGAUGAGAAGGAAUCAUUGAUUACAUAUAUACCUCAAGUGUGUCUUCCCAAAAUGUCAGUGACAUUAUAUUAAUCUAAAUAUACAAAAAUCUUACCCUCAACUAUACAAGCAAAAGUUUAAAAAGUCUUUAUUAUUGGUGGGUUUUACUAUAUUACUUACUUUUUACAUCUUUAUUUGUAGGUCAGUGGAGUCCCAGAAAUUAUCCUAUGACUGAGAAUGUUCGUGCCAUAUAUCUCUCUCUGGAAAAACUGGUGGAGUCUGAAGAAACACAAGUUAAUGGUAUUGUAAUCCUUGCAGACUACAACAACGUCGGCUUGUCUCAAGCUUCCCAUUUCGGACCAUUUAUGGCCAAAAAAGUCAUUGGGAUUCUUCAGGUAAGAGACGUGACUCUUGUUUGGGUGUUUAUGGGGUAACCGCAUAACCAAAAUUACAUUAGUCAGCAGCUCUAUGAUGUGCAGUACAGCAACUUGUUCUAGAUAAUGGUGCAAUGACGUGCCUGUCCAUGGGUCCCUGCAAGCAGUUGCCUUGCUUCUCAUUUACAGCAAUUUGCAAAACUUGCUGCAGCUAUAAGCUCUACCCCAUCAUUCACAAAUUACAGAAGGAUAGCUUUAUAUUUUACCAUUCCGUCCAUCCAUGCAAGAACUUAUAUGGCAUAUGCAUGCUGUAAAAGUCCUCCACUUACCAUAACAUGCUCCUACACAAUUUACAGCAUCACAUCUGUAGAUCUGUUCAUAAAAAAAAAAAUAACGAAGCUAUAAGCAAGAUUAUAUUAAAGGACCACUAUAGUGCCAGGAAAACCUACUCGUUUUCCUGGCACUAUAGUGCCCUGAGGGUGCCCCCACCCUCAGGGACCCCCUCCCGCCCGGCUCUGGAAGGGGGAAAGGGGUUUAAACUUACCUUUUUCCAGCGCUGGGCGGGGAGCUCUCCUCCUCCGAUCCUCCUUCUCUCCUCCCCGUCGGCUGAAUGCGCACGCGCGGCAAGAGCUGCGCGCGCAUUCAGCCGGUCACAUAGGAAAGCAUUCAUAAUGCUUUCCUAUGGACACUGGCGUGCUCUCACUGUGAAAAUCACAGUGAGAAGCACGCAAGCGCCUCUAGUGGCUGUCAAUGAGACAGCCACUAGAGGAAAUAGGGGAAGGCUUAACCCAUUCAUAAACAUAGCAGUUUCUCUGAAACUGCUAUGUUUAUGAAAAAAUGGGUUAACCCUAGCUGGACCAGGCACCCAGACCACUUCAUUAAGCUGAAGGGGUCUGGGUGCCUAGAGUGGUCCUUUAACCACAGUGCAGCUACUAUCAGCUUUAGCAACGAUCGACAGCAGUUUCAUUCAUUUUGUCGUAUGAAUGGAACUUCUAUCAAGUGCCGAACUACAUCCCAUAAACCUUUGCUUUUUGCACAAUUCCCAUUUAAAGAAUUCAAAAACCUGGAUUUUACACACAAAAAGCAGGGACUUUAAAGGAUCACUAUAGUGUCAGGAAAACAAAGUGGUUUUCCUGACACUAUAGUGCCCUGAGGGUGCCCCCACCCUCAGGGUCCCUCUCCGGUGGCACUGAAAGGGUUAAAACCCCUUCAGCAGCUUACCUUUAUCCCCGGUGACCUCUCCUCCCCCGCCGAUGUCAGCUCUCGACUGGAACGCGCGCGCAUUCAAACAGUCCAUAGGAAAGCAUUUCUCAAUGCUUUCCUAUGGAUGCUCUGCGCGAUGGAUGCAAAAUUUGCAUUCAGCAUCGCACAUGCGCCUCUAGGCUGUCAGGAAGACAGCCACUAGAGGUUGGCUUAACCUCUAAUGUAAACAUAGCAGUUUCUCUGAAACUGCUAUGUUUACAGCUGCCGGGUUAAAACCUGAGGGACCUGGAACCCAGACUACUUCAUUGAGCUGAAGUGGUCUGGGUGACUAUAGUGUCCCUUUAAAAAAAAAAAAAAGUAUCUUUUUUACAUUUUUAUAAUUUUAUUUAAUUUUAAUAUUUUAAAAAUGGUAGUCAGUCCAUUUAGCUGAUAAUCAGAUAACUUUAUCAAGUUUUCUCACUGUUGUUGGACUUGUCUUACUGAACAGAGUGCAAUAUGUUUUUUACAGUACAGUCACUGAAUGGGAUAUAGAAAUAUUCCUUCUCUUAAUACUAAGCUGUAGCAUAGCAAAUGUAUUCAAUCAAUUUCUGAUUUUACCGCUGAUAAUGUUUUCCUUUAAAAUAGGAUGGCUUUCCCAUCAGGAUAAAGGCCGUAAAUGUUAUAAAUGAACCGAGAAUAUUUAAAGGUAUUUUUGCUGUUCUGAAGCCAUUUCUGAAAGAGAAACUGGUGAAUCGGGUGAGUGUAUGAAUAUAUUAUCUUCAUAUUGUCUUAUCUUAAAGGGAUACUAUGGGCAACAAAAUAACUUUAGCUUAAUGAGGCUGACUGGAUGUAUAGAUCACACCCCUGCAGUCUCCCUGCAGGAGAUAAAAACUUUUAAAGUAAGUUUAAGAUCUGAUUUGAAAUUAUAAGACAUUUUUUCAUAGAGGUUGUGUCAGUCACAGCCAGGAAAGGUGGGGAGUGGGGGGGAGCUACAGAAACAAGAGUGAUUCAACUACUAAAUGGCAGAGAUUUUUGGAGCAGGUGCAUGAUCUAGACAUCAAAACUGCUUCAUUAAGCUACAGUUGUUUUGAUACCUAUAGUAUCACUGAAGGCAUUUGUGAUGUGAUACCCUUUCACUUUUGUUAGUUACCUUCUUCAUUUGUUUCAACGUGCCCCCUGUUCGUUUCCCGAAUGGAGAUUGGUAUCCCCCUUUAUACUACCGAAACCUCCUGGCUCAUUAACUUCAAAGUAGGUGGUUAACCCAAGUGCUCUCACUGGAAACACAGGCAGUGGUACUUUGUUGUAGAUCACAUGGAACUAAAUUCGGACACUACAACUCGCGAAUCUGGUGAACUUGUACCGCCGCCUGCUCCUCCCACAGACAAGCCAGGAAAGCGCUCUUCAGGGAAAAGACUUGGUGAACCACGAGGAACAUUCGUUCCCUAAGAGCCAGGGGGAACAUUUGGUUGUUUUCUAACAGGAGCUCCUGAAAGUUGACCAUCCGCUGCCUCUUUCUCCCUUGAACUGUUUUGGACUACAACUUGUGGCUGGCUGGUCAAAACUUUACCCCGGUGGCGAUUCCACUACAUCGAACGGAUCUGAGGGCUCUUUGGACAACUUGGGUGCUCAGAUCCAGGCUAUCCGGAACAUAGGACAUGUGGGGUUCCUGUGUGGAUUUAAUGGGGCCUUGGGGUGUUUUUGUGCAAAAUCUGUAUGCAUCCCUGUAGCUGGGAGAUAAUUGGAUUACCAGGCUUGUGACUGAAUUAUCUCCCAGUCACAGAGACACCUGGGAGGAGUUUGUGUUGUUCUGUAUGGAGACCCCGUGCUGGGGGUCUGGGUAUAAAUUCAGUGUGCUUUUCCCAAAUAAAUCAGAUCUACUCCCAACAUUAAGUCUCGACUACUGUGGUUGGAUAGAGCUAUUUCACACUGGCAAAGAAAAUCUGUGGCGGCGAUAUUCUGGUGGUCCACCACAGCGUUAAUCUAAGUUGCCUCCCGAGCACCCUUCCACACAGUUUCUCUCUUUUAUGCCCAGCCGCCAUACUGAGUAGGCAAGGAAAGCAUUGGGCCCAAUUGAUUGGCUGAGUGCAUCAGCUGAUGCUUUUCAUGGGAUACUAUAGUCACCAAAGCAACUUUAGCAUAAUGAAGCAGUCUGUGUUUAGAUCAUACCUCUAUAGUCUCACUGCUUAAUUCUCUGCCAUUUAUGAGAUUUGUUUCCUUGCAGCCCUGCCUGUGAUUCACAAAGCCCGCGUAAAAAAAGGCUUUGUUUUCAAUCAGAUGUUAACUUACCUUAGAAGUUUUGUAUCUCCUGCUCUGUAAAUUAAACUUUAAUCACAUACAGGAGUCUCUUGCAGGAUUUGGCAAUCUAUCAGCAGAGCAGGAGAUAAGAAAUUCUAAAUUAAACAAUUUGCAAUAAAAGAGGUGUAAGCAUUAGAUGACUCUUUACAGGAAGUGUUUAGAAAGGCUGUGUAAGUCAUAUGCAGGGAGGGCAGCAUAAACAAAGUAAUAUGGCUCCUAAAUGGCAGAAUUAAGCAGUGAGACUGCUGGAGCAUGAUUUAUAAACCAAACCUACUUCAUUAACCCCUUAAGGACACAUGAUUCCCUUUUAUUCCAGAAGUUUGGUCCUUAGGGGGUUAAGCUAAAGUUGUUUUGGUGACUAUAGUGUCCCUUUAACCCCUUAAGGACAUGUGACAUGUCAUGAUUCCCUUUUAUUCCAGAAGUUUGGUCCUUUAGGGGUUAAAUUCAAGGAAAUUUGACAAAGCCCUGAUCUAGAGAGACUGAUAACUCAAGGAUGUCAAAUGAAUUUGCUAUGUUCAAUCUAUAUUGAAUUGUAUUUAGCAUUUGAGCACAAACAUGUGUUUGAAAAAAGGAACUGGUCACAUUAUACAGACCAUCUGGCAUUUAUCUGCUGUCAAAAUAUGUUUGUCGUUAAACCGCCUUACAGCAUGUAUUAAAAUCGACUCUCUCUUUCUUGUGACUUACAGUUCUUUCUCCAUGGGUCAGACUUGAACUCCCUACACAAAAACAUUCCAAAUGAUAUCCUGCCAGAUGAAUAUGGAGGAACGGUGGGGAAGCUCGAUCCAUCUGCAUGGGGUCAGGUACUUCUGACCUCUGAAGAAGACAUUGCUGAAAGCCUUUGCCGGGCUAAUCCUGCCUGUGAAGGCUCCUUGCAAGGGUUUGUAGAGGACAAUAGUGAGUUUGACUACUUGCAGUGUGAAGAAUCAGCACGCGGGGUAAAAUCACAGCUAUACUGUUACUGAAUGACAUCUGAUCUCAGAUAUUGGGUAUAUAUUUUGUCUGUGUGUGUGUUUUUAUACAGCAGCAGAGCUGUAGCUAAAACUCUAACUAAAUGUAUACCUAUUUUAUAUGUGGGUUUUUUUUAAUCCGUUCCCUGGUUCUUGUGUAGUCUUUUAACCAAAAGUAUAUAAUCCAUAAUGCUUUGCCAGUCUUAGAGAGGCAUAGCACUACAGUAGCUGAGAGGGUACUUUUUUGGCCUUAACUGAAAUUAUUUGCCAAAUCAUAAUAAGCCAAAUUUUAUCGAGGUAACGCAUUCUGCCCGUAAACCACUUACACUUUAUUUCAAAGAUAUUCAAAUAGUGGCCUUCCUACUGCUGGCAACUCCCACAAGCCUUUGCCAGGCACUACCUGUGUUUCUGGCUGUCAAAAGGGUCCAGUAUUUAAUUACUAGUUUGUGGUGUUUAAAGGUCUUCUGUAAGAGAGAAUAAAGAGGUUUCAGUGAUGUAUGAGUGAGAAAGAUAGAUAUUUUUCAACUCGAAUAUUAAUUUGAUAAUGUCAACAAAAUACACCGCUGCUGCGUUACCUGUAAAACGUGUUGUCUGCUGUUACUUGAUUUUUAUGUGCCCACUUGCCCUGCAGCGAUCAGCCAUUUUGGUUUUCCAAUAACCCUUAUGUGGGGUUGAUUAUUUUUAGAUCAAUUUGUAUAAAAUGCAUUAUUGUUGUAUCUAGAGGCACUUUGUGUACAAAAUUCUACAAAGCAUUCUCUGUGUAUUAUGUUUUAAUGUAUAUCAGAUGCAUAUAUACACUGGCGGCAGUGAAAAGUAUACAUUGUAUAGAGGGGGAUUAUUCCGAAUAUAUUUUAUAGUUCUGUAUUAUUCAUGUUAAAGGACAAUGGGCACCACAAAACAAUAUUUUAAUCUAGUAAUCCUUUCAUCAAGUUUUUUUAUAUGAUGUAUAUGUAAAAAGGGAAAAAUAGAAGAGCUUUAAUAAAUGUACCUAAUAUAUACCUUUUAAUGUCUGACAGGAUCCUUCAGCCACAUACAUGCACCUUUGGUCAGUCGGUGUUUGAAAACCAACAGCCUUGUGCUCUUACUCCUUUUUGCCAUAUACCUAAUUAAGAACAAAAUGUAUUUCCAUUCAAAACUUGAUAGAGGGAUUAUUAUAGAAAAAAAGAUUUCUUUAAGUGCAGACUCUCCACUAAUGGAGUUAUUCACUGAAGUGUAAGCUGCCAGGAGUUCAAAGUGAAUUUCAUGAUUUAGGUCCAAGUGAUUAUUAUUACAAUGUGAAGUAUAACCUUGACAUUAUUAGUGAAACUUUUAGUUAAUUAAGCAGAUUUGAAUAGAACUGUAUGUUGACCAUUCUCCAUCUAAUGCUUCAUUUUCUGUUAAAUGGUUAAUGCUCUGCUAUGUGACACCUCUACAAAAGGCACAUUUUUGUAAUUUUUAAGAACAUUCAGCAUUUUCAGUGCUUAGCCCAGUGAUGUCCAGUUUCAGGUCUUGGACUGAGUAAUAGAAACUAUGAAAAUGUCUGAGGAUACUUAAUAUGGAUUGAAAUGUACUAUUUCCCUUUCUCUGCAUUAUUUUUUUUUUUACAUAUUACCAUUUGUUAUUGGACAAAAAUAUUUAUUCCCCUCUGUAUGAAUACUAAGUUUCCCCCCUCUCCUCCCCAGUUACUUUGGUUCAUGACAUGAGGUUCAUUUACAUAAAAAAAAAGUUGCCAUCUGCUUAUAGCGAUCGCUAGCUCUUGUGCAUACAGGUUUAAUGUUAAUAAGAAACAUUAAGCCGGGUUUACAUUAUUUUUCAGGAACAUGACCUGUCACUCUGUACCUGUUGCCAAGUAUUGUAGGAGAGAAACACACUUAAAGCAGACUUGUCAGGUUUUCUACACAGAGACUCUUAUACUCCAAGCACCCAGACCAUUUCAGUGAUUUGAAGUGAGCAUGGUGGCUGGAGUCUGCACAUUUGGAUUAUAACACCACCGGCAGCACCAUUGGGAUGACAUUUGUCAACAAGACUUCUGGGGUAAUUAAUGUCACUUCUGUGCAUAUUCCUACGCAGAAAAUUACAUUCACUAGCUGAGAACAGUCAGCCGACAGUCUCAGCCAGUGAUUGGCCAGCAGGAUCAACUUCCGGCUUCUGUAGAAGUCACAUGUCAUCACUGGCCACAGGAGGACACACUGUUUGUCUCAUUACCAGGGUCUUCUUGGCAUCAUAACCAGUACAGCGGGCGUAAAUACUGCCUGCAUAUUCCAUUGAAAUGUCAUUUAACUGAACAUUCCAGUCCAAUAACACUUUGUGCCAUAAGGUAAUGCUUUCAGUUGGAGAACUGAUUAACAAACCUUCUGGUCUAAGCAGGGAUCCCUGCAGAAGCUGCAAUACUUAAUAUAUUUCUUGUGUAUGUAUAGGGUUGGUUAAUGGGUCCACACUUGGUCUAAUAUAGAGUAAAUGAAUACACACUUAAAUAGGCUCUCAAUCUCAGUUUUUCAACAGAUUGAUACAAGAUGUUUCCUGGAUGUCCAUCUGCAAUAUUUUUCCCUUCUCUUUUUGACUACUGUACUAAGCAGAGAAGAAAUCAUUGGGCACAUGUGAUUGGCUGAUAGCAUCAUUGGCCACCCAUUGUGAAUAGCAGUGCAUACAAUAGGUGGCCAAUCACAGACUGAGAGUGUUAGCUGAUGCUGUAAACCAAACACCAGCCCCAAUGCGUCUCGCUGCUCCCUCUCUAAGAUGGAAAGAAGAGAAUAGAGAAAACAUUUAGGACAGGAGCCCAGGGAGCAUCUCCGGUGUUAAGGCUGUUUGAAAGCAACUCACCAAGAAGACCGCUACGAGGGAGAAGAGGUAAGUGAACCUUUUUUAACCAAGGCAGAGGGGGUCUGUGACCUAAAUGGUGACUAGCACUAUAGCGUUAGAAAUACAAAUGUGUAUUCCUAAUUCUAAAUUGUUUCUUUACGAUAUGAUGGCACCCAGGGACUUCAGCCUUCAAAACAACUUCAUAGAGAUACUUUGAGGGUAAAAAAUAAAGUCCCUGUUAAUCAACAAAUAAUUUGAGCGAUUUGUCAGUUUGGAUUGUUGAAUGUGAGAACCUUUUCAUAAUCCAACUCUAUCAAUAGGUUUUAAAUACCAUUGUAACAUGUUCCCAAUAUAUCUAGUCUUGUAAACUUGAUUUGAAAGCCAUGUUUGCUCAUUCAUCCUCUGUUUCAUCACUGGUAGAUAAGACCGUUAUAACAAAUUGAUUUUAUUAAUAUUGGCCAUGAUAAAAAUGAUAUAUAACCUUAUUUUAAAAUUCUUGUGGUGGAUGAAAUGUUUUAUUUUUAUAACAUGGUUUAUUCAUUGACGGUUUUAUAAACAAAAGUGGAAAUGUAUUUAAAAUGUCAUUUGUAAUGCAUGGGUGAAUAAAAUGUUUUUAAAC